AUAUUCCCUGUGCUCCCCUGGGAUCAACAGCCAAAUGAACAACUUCACCCGAGCCCUUACCUCCAAGGAAGUGCCACAGGGGAACCCAAAGGCCCUUAAUCAUUAAAAAAAACUUUAGAGAUGCUGGCUGAGCCAUCAAUGAGAACAUGGAUGCAUGCACAGAACCUACACCUUGUCAUCUCUGCUCUUCGAGGAAUGGAGCUGGAGAGGCACAGAAGCAAUGAAGCCGAAUUCUGAGUAGUAUACUCUGAUGAAGAGGAUAUUUUACAAGCAUAGAAAAAGGAGGGUUCCAGUCUUCAGAGAACCAGAGCAUGAGUACCAAAGCCUCCCAGAGCUAGUUCUGGUCCCAGCUCAGCCACUUGUCUGUUUGGGUGACUAUAGAACUCCAGAUCCAGGUGGGCUCUUUCCAUGGAGCCUGAGACUUAUGAUGCCAGGUGCCUGGACAAAGCUUCCAGGUGAUGGUGGCAGUGUCCCAGAGAAGGGAAAGCAUGGCAUUCUGGGAGCACAGGGCCAGGAGCACCUGGGUUUGAAUGUCAACUCCCCAUUUUCCAGCCCUUGGACAUGUUACUUGUCUGGACAUCAGCCUCAGAAUAAUAAUAGCCCUGAGCUUCAGGUUAAGGAAAUUCUCUUAUGAGACAGAGCCCAGCUCCUCCUGUAGAAGCUGAAAUUCCAGACACUGGACUUCCCAGUCUCCCUUGCCACUAGAUAUGGACACGUGAUCAAGAUUCCACCAAUCAGAUGGUCUUUGGAUCUGCUAGUGACAAAAAGAAAGGAACAUGCCGAAUCCAUUCUGGCAGAUUUAAGACACAAUGGCAGAUACAUCCAGUUCCCAGAGGCAGCAGGGCCAGUGGUUCUAGCAUCGGCAUCCAAGAACACUUGCUGAUGGUGCAGAUGGUGUGAGCUGCAGUGUCCAGCUGCAGUAUGGCUGCUAUGGUGUCCUCAAUGAAUGAAUCCUGCAGUGGAAUUUACAGUGUUGUUCCUGGCUGCACAGUCUUCAAGCCUUUUUCUCUGGAUACGCUAGGAAUUCUUUGAGUUUCCCAGUGUCCUUUCAAUAAAUUCUUCUUCCUAAAUUAAGUACUGCCUAUUUCUGUGGCUUGCAACAAAGCAUCCCAAAAGAUACAAUAUUAAAUUACUAAUUAAGAACUUCUGACACUUCUCCUCGUCUUUAUGAAAUUUCAGAAGCCCCUCCCCCCAAAGAAUAUGUAUGCAAAUAGGGAGGCAGAAACGGACAGAGACUAUUUAGGGGACAAGGAAUAGGAGAGUUUUGUUGAAGCAGAAAGUUCAUAUAGAAGAAUAAUGGGAAAUGAGGCUUCCAAACUAGAUUGUAGAUAUUGUGGAGGACCUUAAAAAGCCAGACUAAAGAAUUUGGGGUUAGCCUACAGGAUUGGGGAAAUGUGUGCAAAAUUAGAGAAUUUGGAGUUGUGGCUACGAUCAGUCACUUCAGAGUGUCUUCAGCACAAUAUUCCCCCCAAAUGAUGGGUAGAACCUGCAUAUACAGAAUAUUAACAUGGAAUAAAGGAUUGGAAGUCAUAUAUGUUUGAGAAAUAGUGGCUUGAUUGAGAUUCAAACAAUUUCUCUAUCCUGAUAAACAAAGUGAAUUUCCUAGAAGACGCAUUCAGCAGGCAACAUUUCUCUAACUUAUUGGACCUUGGGAUUUAUACUCUUUCAGCACGUGGGCCCAAGAGGCCCAAGAAGCCAUCCUGGAAAAGGCUGUUUUUUCCUUGGUGACUGCUGGUUAAGAGAGCAAAAGGGAUGCAGAAUGAGCAAGGGGGGCAGGGAAAGGUUCAGAACUUGAAGAGGCCUUAAAAGAGUAGAUGCGCUGAGACACAGGCAGUUAGGAGAAGGGGAAACUGGAGGAAAGAAGUUGGAAGGAAAGAAGACAAGUUACCCAAGACCCUCUAAAUUUUACAGAGAAUCAGCCUGGUUUCCAGCUCCUGGCUUAAUUUUAACAAUUCAGCCUAAUGCUUUGUCAGCCUCAUGUGAGUAUGUCAGAUACCUAGGGAAUCUCUCGGAGACACUCUUGGGGCAUGAAAAAUGUAAAUAAUAGACCAGGCCUCUGCCUUGAGCCACGAGGCAGCUUCCAGGAAAUAAAGGCAAGGGGACAAAGUUAGACUAGACGCAACCUGUGCCAUCAAGCAAACUUUCUUACACCCUGGUCACUCCCCAAAGCUACCUGAAGGUUCCAUGAAAUACUUCCACAAACUGCCUGCUAUUGCGAAGGUUUGCAGGAUCUAGGCAUAUUUGAACAAAGUUAAAAUGACGACUGCAAAGACCACAACAGUUAGGAAAGCUUUUUGUUGUAAGAAACAGAAUACUUGACUGACUGAGUCUUAUACCCUAAGGACAUUUCUUAUUUGCGAAACAAAAAGUCCAGAAGUGAGAGGUCCUGGGGUUGGUUUAAACACUUUCUAACAUUUACAUCUGCCAUUCUUAGCAUCUUGGCGUUUGGUCUGCACACCUAUCUCCUCAUGACUGCAAUAUGGCUGCUGAAACUCCAGGCAUGAUGACCCAAUUCAAGGCACAAAGAAAAGAAAAGAAAAGAAGAGUGAUUUCAGCACCUCUCCUUCUUUUAUGUCUGUCCCUUUUAUCUGGAAAAUAAAAUCCUUCUCUAAAGUC